AUGCAGAAUUCUACAACUACUGGUAAUGAUUUUAUUGUUGACGAUUGUUUUGCUGAUGAUGAUUUGGUAACUUCUGACGCUGAUAUAAACACUGUUGCAACAGAAUUCAAACAGCAAUUAUUUGCUCAACAAAAAUCGUUUCUUGAACGGGACAAUUUUGAAAAUGAAUUGGGUCCAAGUGGAGUCAAUGAGGAUCCUUUUGGAGAAAAUUUUACUGAUAUGGCGAGUAAUGAAAUUAUUGAUGUUUUUGGUGAAGGCGAUUUUUCUGCCAGACCGGUUGUUGUAUUUUAUGCAUAUAGACUUCCAUCAAACAAAACAUUUGAUCAUUUGAAGUUUUUAAGAUUUGUUCAGUUUACUUUAGACAAAAUUGUCGACCAGGACUACACAGUUAUUUAUUUUCAUUAUGGUUUACGUUCUAAUAAUAAGCCACCAUAUAAAUGGUUAUUUAAUAAAAAUCUCAAAGCUCUCUAUUUGGUUCAUCCAACAAAAUUUAUUCGUUUCGUUUGGCGUAUAUUUCAACCAAUAAUUUCAUUUAAAUUUGAAAAGAAAUUACAUUAUGUAAAUUCCUUAAAUGAAUUGACUGAUUUUGUUUCUACAACAAAUUUAAAUCUCCCACAGCCGAUUAUUGAUUUUGAUCUUUCAAUUUCUUCAUCAUCUCCAAAAUCUUCUUUUAUUUCUAGUUUUGAGAAUAAUGUAGAGAAACAACCACCUAGACCAACACAACAAUUUAAUGUAUCUUUGAAAUUUAUUAUGGACCAUAAUCCAAAUUGUGAUAUUCCUCCAAUCGCGUCUGAUUUGAUGGACUUUUUACUUGAACAUGGACUUCAAACUAAAGGGAUCUUUCGUCGUUCUGCUAAUGUUACAACACUUAAAGCAUUACAACAGAGAAUUAAUUUAGGAGAAAAGAUUGAUUUUCUUAGAGAUCCAGAAUUUAAUGGUGAUUUGGAGAAUAGUAUUUUAUUGGCAUCUGUUCUUUUAAAAACUUUUCUUCGUUCUCUUGGAGAGCCGCUAAUUACAAAUAAAUUAUAUCCCGAAUUGACUCUUCUUGCUGCUGCCAUCGAAAAACCUGCAUAUAUUGAUGCUACACGUGAUUUACUUCAACGAUUGCCACCCGAAAAUCUUUUACUACUUAAACGCAUAAUAGAAUUUUUAAAACAAAUUGAGGCGCAUUCUGAAGAGAAUUUGAUGAAUGCAAACAAUUUAAGUGUUGUUUUUGGACCAAAUUUGACAUGGCCAACAGAUCAACAAGUUCCAAUGUCUCAGUUGAACAAUUUAAAUAAAUUUUGCUACACGUUAAUUAAACAUUUUGAUUUAAUAUUUGCAGACAACUAA